GAGGGACUGCCUUGUCUGCUCAACCAUGACCGUCCGAGACUGUCGCGUUUUGAAGGCCCCUGAAGUCGUAGGGAUUUGAGAAGAGCCUUGAAAGCGAUGUGCCCUCACUCGGCCUGGCACAUGUACUCGUACCUGCUUAAACGGCGAUCUUAUCUUAUCUGAGGCUUGGCGUAUAUCUAUGCCCUAUAGGGUUAGGAAGAACACCCGAAACAAAGAAAGUCCGGGUCAAAAAUUUGGCAGUCGCAUUCUCACGGCUUCUACCUCACAUAACCGUCACACCCUUUUCAAUUAUCUCGGUUGCAUGCUACCACCUGACGAUGGAUUCAUAUCGUCCUCGUGGCAGCGGUGAAUAUCGCACGCGGCCAGGACCAGAUCGACCAGAUCCAUAUUCUUAUGGUUCUGGAGAUUCCUAUCGUCCUCCGCGGCGUGAUGAACCUUUCAGACCCCCACCACGCGAGGAUGAAUCCAACGGAAUGUACUAUUUUCGAGGAUCUCGGGACGAAGAAUCUCGACGUAGGGAGCCCUAUCGACCCAGACAAAGAGAGCAACACAGACGAGAUCCACCUGGCAGGGCCCACUACUUUCAACGUCCAAAAGUGGCGGAGAGGCCACUCCUGCGACUCGAACACCGCCAGGAGGACUCCUCUCUGAUCGAUCCAAAUGCAGAUCUCAAGUUCCGCAAUGUCGAAGAGCUUACUGACAGCGAAGAGGAGGCCAUGGCCGUUUCCGAUAAUGACGAGCCGUCACGAUCUACAAAGCGAGCGCGUCUUCAGGGAGACGAUCCAACCCCAGAGUCUGCAAACCCUAGAUGGUCAAAUCCUGAUCCUUACACUGCUUUACCGCCUCCGAGUGAAGCAGCGGCCAAGCGGACGGAUGUCGUCAAACUCAUACGCAAAGCGCGAAUCGAUGCUAACCUGCGUGCGGAAGCUGCUUCUGAUCAAGCAGACUUUAUUUCAUUCGACAUGAACGAUACAGAGCCCACCGUCCCCGAAAGCCUUCCAACAGCGAUACCUGCUAUGGGUAUCAUGUUUCCGCAACCUAACGUGCCAACCCAGCCCUCCACCGUGCCGAUCCAACCACCAAAUGGUGCCGAAGAUGGUAUCCUGGGAAAGAGAAAAAGAGGGGAUGCCAAAGGCACGCAUACUACCAAACUUCAUACGACUAGACUGUACUAUGGCGAUCGUUUUGUCCGAGAAGAGUGGUCUAAGCCCGCAGGCACAUCGUCCUCACCUUGGAAAACGACAGAAAGCUCGGUAGACCUUGCCGGAGUUGCCCUUCACAAAGAAAUCAUUGACUUCUACGACUGGGUCAGACCAAAGGAGUAUGAACAGGCAGUUCGUGAAGAAGUUUUUCAACGUCUGCGUCAAGAAUUUCGGCGAUGUGGGCCUAGUGGCGACCUUUAUGCUUUCGGGUCAUAUGCCGCCGGCCUCUACCUGCCCACGGGUGACAUGGAUAUUGUGUAUAUCACAUCCAGAAUGAGGCCAGGAUCACUUCCAAGUCGAGAGGCAGCUCGUCCACUUGUGCGACGAUUCCACGACUUUUUGAGGACUCAGCGGAUUGCCAAGCAUGGAAGUAUCCUGGCCAUUGCCCAUGCGAAGGUACCACUUCUGAAGUUCGUGGAUAAAAUCAGCGGAUUAAAAAUUGAUCUCUCCUUCGAUAACGAUACUGGUAUCGCCGCGAUCGAGACAUUUCAUCGGUGGAAGAGUGCCUAUCCAGCAAUGCCUAUAAUUGUGUCUAUCGUCAAACAAUACUUGAUGAUGCGUGGGCUCAACGAUGUGUCCACUGGUGGACUGGGUGGUUUCUCCACCAUAUGCCUGGUUACGAGUCUCCUUCAGCAUCUCCCCGUCACAACAGAGCCCUUGAAUCUAGGCGAAGUGCUACUGGAAUUCUUCAAUCUCUACGGGAAUGUCUUCAACAGACGUGAGAUUGCCAUCAGAAUGGAGCCGCCUGCAUAUUUGGACAAGAGCACCUACAUGCCUCACCUGCUUAAGAAAGAUAAGGGUGACUCCCGACUCACUAUCAUCGACCCCAACCGCCCAGAUAACAAUAUUUCUGGCGGGACGAGCCAGAUCAAUGAGAUUGGCAGAAGCUUCUCGUCCGCGUAUCAAGCCCUCGUCGAACGACUAGAUAUGUACGAGGAGCAGUUUCCACACAAUUCCACUAUCAGCUUUCUGGAAUGUCUGGUAGGAGGCAAUUUUUCUUUGUAUGAAUCACAGAGAAAGUUACUUUAUGACUUGAGUCUCAAGCUUCUUCCACCACCGAGUACAUCGAUGUCGCACCCAUCCAAAGCAAUAACUGCCAAGCCAAGCACGCUUGCAUCCUCAUCGGCCGUAACAAAUCACCACCACCCGCAGAAGCCUCAGCGAGAGACUCAAUCGGCGAAGAAUCAAGAAUCGAACUCGACUAAUCAGCAGAGCACCUCGAUCCGUAACAAAGAAAACGUUUCCAACGACGAGGCAGGAAAAGAUGAGUCGAAACCACCAAAGAAUGAGAGGCGAGCCUUGCGCUUCAAGCGAUUGCGGCCUGAACUGGCCUCGUCGGUUGGCCGCGCUUUGUCAAUAUUACAGGCCAUGACCCUCGGGGGUUAUGGGUCCAAAGAUGCGAUGCAUAAGGACCUCGCAACUCGCGAACUCGCAUUGAACAGUAAGAAGAAAUGAGUGGGGGGGACCUGGGGUAGACGCCCUCUUCAUCAUUACAUACACGUGUGUGGCUUAUGUCGAGAUUACCAGCGAAGUGCAGAUUCAUUCUGCUGAGAAGACGACAUGUGGCCAUCAGGAGCGUGUUCACAUCCUCAUUGUUCACAUGGUCCUUGAAGCCAAACCUGCUCAAUUAAAUCAUAUUCCCAGUCCUUUCAAACCAUCGACUCACACGUCUCCAGCAACCACGGCAGCAAUUGACCCUUGAAACCACUAAUUAGCAUUUAGGAUGGCAACUGCAGCAACACAAAGUAUUUGCCGGCUUUCAAAAGAAUGAGAUCCCAGUGACCUGAUCGUCGUCCCAUUGCC